GUUCAUCCUGCUUCCUGCCGCGGCUUCAGAAUCAUGGCCUCAAAGCCGCCGCAGCAGCAGCAGCAACAGCCGCCGCCUAAUUCCUUGCCCGCCUACGAGACCUUGAAGUUGGAACGAGUCCGCGAGAAAGUGCUGCACGUAGAGCUCAACCGGCCGGAGAAAAGGAACGCCAUGAAUGUCGCCUUUUGGAGAGAGAUGGUGGAGUGCUUCAACAAGAUUGCCCAGGAUUCUGAAUGCCAUGCAGUGGUGAUCUCGGGAGCUGGGAAAAUGUUCACUUCAGGUAAGAAGGACGGAGGCGUUACAUCCGAGCGAGCCCUCCUCCUUAGAUCAGGGAAAUCUAGCAAGGAGCUCCCUGGGGUACACCUCUUGGGGUCUUUCUCUUGGAAAGGAUUUCUGUCUGCAAGGAGAAUGAAUCCUUCGCUUCCCCACCAUCCCGUCAGAGCUGAAGAA